AUGAGCAACAUUCUGGUGUUGACCUGCCCCGCGGGAAAGCAAUACAGCCACCUUCUGCCUCUCCUAGCGGAAUUCAGACUUCGACUCGCUGCCCUCUCGGCAGCCUCGGUCGAGAAGCUGGAGGCCACAUAUCCAUUCGCUGAAGUCGUUCAGGCAGACGUCACCGACCCCAAAACUUGCCAGCAGCUGCUGAAAGGUGCCACGGCAGUGUACCACGUCGGGCCCUCUUUCCAUCCGAGAGAAAAGGAGAUGGGCCUCAACAUGGUCGAUGCUGCUGCGGUAGAGACUCAGAGACCAGGCAGUGUGUUCCAGCAUCUCGUCUUCUCCUCAGUGCUCAACACCCAGCAUCGCCAGCUCAUGCAACAUGAUCUCAAAUCGUACAUCGAGGAGCGACUCAUGAUCAGUCCCCUGAGUUGGACCAUUCUCGAGCCCACCACUUCAUGGACUUAUACCCAGUCAAGAUGCUGGCAAGCUCAGAUGAGCCUUCCAUGGAGAGACGUGGGACUCCAGAAAUCCCGAACAGCCUUGUUGCUUUGA